UUCAUCUCCAAGUCGCCGAAUCCUACCCAGAAGAUUAACUGCGGAUUAGUCCCAGGACCGUACCGAGCAGAAUAAUUCAAAAUGGGGAAGACGCGCGGUAUGGGAGCUGCACGCAAGCUGCGGAACCACCGCAGAAGACAAAGGUGGGCCGACAAGUCGUACAAGAAAUCUCAUCUCGGAAACGAGUGGAAGAAACCUUUUGCUGGGUCUUCACACGCCAAAGGAAUCGUCCUUGAGAAGAUCGGUAUUGAAGCUAAGCAGCCGAACUCUGCUAUCCGUAAGUGUGCUAGGGUUCAGCUGAUCAAGAAUGGGAAGAAGAUCGCUGCUUUCGUCCCCAAUGACGGUUGUUUGAACUACAUUGAAGAAAAUGACGAGGUUUUGAUUGCGGGAUUUGGGCGUAAGGGUCACGCAGUGGGAGAUAUUCCCGGAGUCAGGUUCAAGGUGGUGAAAGUCUCUGGUGUCUCUCUCUUGGCCCUCUUCAAGGAAAAGAAAGAGAAGCCGAGGUCUUAAAGUUGCUUGGAAACCCGAUUUUUUUGUUCUUCUACCGACUUUUUUUUAGUUUUUGAUGAGAAGUUCUGUUCCUGCUUUUUAUUCUUCAACUUCAAAACUGAGGAAAGUAUGUUUGGUUACACAAAUAGAAAGGCUUGCUCGAGCAAUUUUGAUAACCGUCCUUAACCGGACAAGCUUUUCAUUGCCUGAGCUAUUUGAGAAACUUGUUGUUUGAAUUUGAUUCUGAUUUACCA